GGGCGGAAUCUACGAAAAAAGCGAGAGAGCGGCGGGCGGAGGGGCCAGAGUCGGGGAGUGAAGCCGCCGACUGCCGCUCUCUCGCUUUUGCUCCGCGACCGCCUGCCCCAUGGCUCCCGCUUCCCCCUUAUUGCCCGCGUGUCUCCUGGUUCUCCUCGGGGUGGCGGCCGGCCGGCCAUGGCAGGUGAUCGAUUUCAUGUCCGUGCGCAGCGAGAUGGAGGAGGCCGCGAUGGUGGAGAAGCUGGCUGCAGAGAUCCUGACGGUGGACGAGGUCUCGCUGGUGUCCACGUUUAACCUGCCGCCUGCACAUAAAGUAAGUCUGCUGGGUUUCCACGCCAAGGACGAUGACUCCCAGUACCUGGAGGUGACGGUGAUGGGAAAGACGGAUAGAGUGCUCGUCCAGUACCUGAGGGAAGACGGGAAGACCCAGUCCGUGAGCCUACAGAACGCGACGCUGGCCGACGGGAAGACCCACUCCAUCAUCCUGAGGUUCACGGGACUGCAGAGUGGCCGGAUCUCUGUGGAGCUGCACGUUGACUGCCGACAAGUGGACUCCAGCUCGGACCUGCCGGCCAUGGACACCAUUCCCCCUGAGACGGCCGACAUGGUCGAGGUGCGAGUGGACGAGAGAUUCGGACAGCUCCAGGGCUCACUGGAGGAGUUGAAGCUGGUCCUUGGAGGGACGCUGAACCAGGUCAGAGCCCUGCAGGGUUGCCCGUUUCGGGAUGAAGUCAUGCCAAAGAGUAAGGUGAUCGAUUUCAUAGCCGCACGUCGGCUGGCGCAAGAGGCGCCGGCGCUGGAGAAGCUGGCCGCAGCGGUCUCGUCGGUGAGCGAGCUCUCGCUGCUGUCAGUGUUCAGUCUCCCGCCCGGUCAGAGUGGCGUCCUGCUGGGCAUCUACGACAAGAGCAACAACUCACGGUACCUGGAGGUGUCCGUGAAGGGAAAGGUCAACAGAGUUCUUCUCCGCUACCUGAGGGAGGAUGGGAAGACCCAGUCCGUGAGCCUGCAGAACGCGGUGCUGGCCGAUGGGGACUCCCACUCCGUCGUUCUGAGGUUCAUCGGGCUGCAGCAGGAGCAGGGCCAGCUCGCUGUGGAACUCUACGUCGACUGUCGAAGGGUGGACUCCAGCAUGGGCCUGCCGGCUGUGGCCUCCAUCCCCGCCCAGACGAUCACCAGGACCAGUAAGACAUUCGCACAUCCACAGGGUUCACUGGAGGAGCUGAAGGUGAUUCUCGGAGGGACAUUCAGCCAGAUGGGAGCACUGCAGGACUGCUCACUUCAGGGCGAUGACACUCUGAGGAACAUGGUGGUCGAUUUCAUGUCUGUGCGUAACGUGCUGCAAGAGGCCGCUGCGGUGGAGAGGCUGGCCACGGACAUCCCGGCGGUGGGUGAGCUCUUCCUGGUGUCUACGUUCCAGCUGCCGCCCGCACAGGGUGGCAUCCUGCUGGGCUUCUACCACAAGCGUGACAACACGCGCUACCUGGAGGUAUCCGUGAUGGGCAAGAUCAACAGAGUGCUUCUCCGCUACCUGAGGGAGGACGGGAAGACCCAGUCCGUGAGCCUGCAGAACGCGCGGCUGGCUGACGGGAAGUCGCACUCCAUCAUCCUGCGGCUGAGUGGGCUGCAGAGCAGCCGGAUCGCCGCGGAGCUCUACGUUGACUGCCGAAGGGCGGCUUCCAGUGCUGGGCUCCCGGCCGUGGCGGCUAUCCCCUCCGAGGCCACGGACUCCAUCCACACCAGGACCAGCAAAGUAUUCGGACAGCAGGAGGGCUCACUGGAGGAGCUGAAGCUGAUUUUCGGAGGGACGCUGACUCAGGCCGGAGCACUGCAGGGCUGCCUACUCCAGGGCGAUGGCACGCUGAAGAACACAGUGAAUGAUGCAAAUUCCAUCCUGGGGGACCAGAUGAAAGCCCUGGUCGGCCAGUUGUCCCUCUUCAAUCAGGCUCUCCUCGGUCUGAGGCAGGACAUCAAGGAGCAGGUGAAGGAGAUGUCAUUGAUCCGGAACACCAUCCUGGAAUGUCAAGUCUGUGGCUUCCACGAGCAUCGGUCAAAGUGUGACCCCACCCCCUGCUUUGAGAGCGUGGCGUGUAUGGAGACGUACGAGUAUCCGGGUUACCGCUGUGGACCCUGUCCUGAGGGUUUCUCCGGGAACGGCUCACACUGCAGUGACAUUGACGAGUGUGCCUUUGCCAACCCUUGCUUCUCCGAAUCCAAGUGUAUAAACGCAGUGCCCGGAUUCCGGUGUGAACCGUGUCCCGUGGGAUACAGCGGCAACGUUGUCGUCGGCGUGGGCGUGGACAGUGCGAAGACCAUGAAGCAGGUCUGCUUGGACGUCGACGAAUGCAACGACGGCAACAACGGAGGCUGCACACCCAACUCCGUCUGCACCAACACCGCGGGCUCCUUCCGGUGUGGCCCGUGCCGGAAUCGGUUCCAUGGGAACCAGACGUUUGGCUGCCGGCAGCUGAAGUCCUGUAGCAGCCCCAGCUUCAACCCUUGCGACGUCAACGCCUGGUGCACUGUCGAGAGGAACGGGGAAGCCUCCUGUCACUGCAAGGUCGGCUGGGCUGGGAACGGCUACGUGUGUGGGCCAGACACGGACAUCGACGGCUACCCCGACUAUGACCUGCCCUGUAUCGACAAUAACCGUCACUGCAAGAAGGAUAACUGCCGGUACACGCCAAACUCGGGCCAGGAGGAUGCGGACAAGGACGGCGUGGGAGAUCAGUGCGAUGACGAUGCCGAUGGCGACGGUAUCAAGAACGUGCAGGACAACUGCCGACUGGUCCACAACAAGGACCAGCAGAAUUCCGACACGGAUUCUUUCGGGGAUGCCUGUGACAACUGUCCCAACGUUCCCAACAACAGUCAGAGAGACACGGACAGCAAUGGGGAGGGUGAUGCUUGUGACAAUGAUAUCGAUGGAGACGGAAUUCCCAACAGCUUGGAUAAUUGCGGCGCUGUCCCGAACCCUCUGCAGACGGACCGGGACGAGGACGGAGUCGGGGACGCGUGUGACAGCUGCCCUGAAUUGAGUAACCCCACCCAGACGGAUGCAGAUGACGACCUUGUUGGCGACGCAUGUGACAAUAAUCAGGAUAGCGACGGCGACGGGCACCAGGACUCCAAGGACAACUGUCCGGAGACUCCCAACAGCUCCCAGCUGGACUCGGACAACGACGGCCUGGGUGACGAGUGCGACGAGGACGACGACAACGACGGAAUUCCCGACUACGGACCGUCGGGGGCCGACAAUUGCCGUCUUAUCGUCAAUCCCAACCAGAAGGACUCUGAUGGUGACGGGGUUGGUGACGUCUGCGAGGACGACUUUGACAACGACACCGUGUUCGAUGAGUUUGAUGUGUGUCCUGAGAGUGCCGAGGUCACCCUCACUGACUUCCGAGCCUAUCAGACGGUCGUCCUGGACCCGGAGGGUGACGCGCAGAUUGAUCCCAACUGGGUGGUCCUGAACCAGGGAAUGGAGAUCGUCCAGACGAUGAACAGUGACCCUGGGUUAGCCGUUGGGUACACGGCGUUCAAUGGGGUGGACUUCGAAGGCACAUUCCACGUCAACACGGUGACCGACGAUGACUACGCCGGCUUCAUCUUCGGCUAUCAGGACAGCUCCAGCUUCUACGUGGUGAUGUGGAAGCAGACGGAACAGACGUACUGGCAGCCCACGCCGUUCCGAGCCGUGGCCGAGCCAGCCCUGCAGCUCAAGGCUGUGAAGUCAAAGAGCGGCCCGGGGGAGUACCUGCGGAACGCCCUGUGGAACACGGAGUCCAUCACCGACCAGGUGACGCUGCUGUGGAAGGACCCCCGCGAUGAAGGCUGGAGGGACAAGACCUCGUACCGCUGGCACCUGGUCCACAGGCCCCAGGUGGGCUACAUCAGAGUGAAGCUGUAUGAAGGGCCUAACCUGGUGGCCGACUCCGGAGUCACGAUCGACACGACGAUGCGUGGGGGCCGCCUUGGGGUCUUCUGUUUCUCCCAGGAGAACAUCAUCUGGUCCAACCUGCGCUACAGAUGUAACGACACCAUUCCUGAAGACUUCGAGCCAUUCCGCAAGCUCUUGUUACUCGGCCUCUGAGCGGGCGAGAGGGGUUCGGCAGUUCGACGCCAUCGAGGAUCUGCGCGCAAGAGCAGAGAAGCGCGUCUCAAGGACAGAUUUUCAAAACGCUACGACCAUGUUUAUAAGAAGAUUCGGCACCGUCCGUGUGCAGGAAGAAUCCAGAAAGGAUUCGCCUUGACUUGUGGCUGAGGAAGAGACUAGACUUUCAACAGCGCCCCCCCCGUCUCCACCUUCGGCCGGCCAGUGCUGCCGCAGCUGUGUGUCUGUGGCUGUAAUGUAGGAAACACCACGGCCCGUCCACGGCUACGCAGGGAAUGUCACGAUGUUAUUGUCUGAGUAAUAAAUCCAGGCCGAGGGGAGUGCGGUGAGAGGCUCUUCUCGAUCCGGGUGUCGG